AAGAUUGUCCUAAUGCGACUUCCGUACCCACGUUACUAGCAUAGCAGACAAACGAGAUAUUUCCAUAGGAUAUUUCUUCAUAUUUACAUGUAAUGUAAAAACAAAUUAUGUAAUUGCAGACACUUUAAGUACAUUAUUAUUUUGACGUUUUCUUCUCCUUUACGACGCGAUACUGAAGAAAAUUAAAAGUAGAGAAAAAAGAGCAGCAUAUCCUGCUCAACUGUUGUGUAGUUUAUUUUUCAGUCAUGUUUCCAGAAUUGAACAAUAUUCUCAAUUCCACUCCAGACAGUUUCAAAUCGAGUGACUUCGUCCUGGUGUCUGACAGGCAAGCUGAUGCGUCAUUCCUCAUUCAUCAUUAUCUGUCUUUUUAUUUACGUGCUGGCUGUAAGGUGUGUUUUCUGGGUCUUGUUCAGUCCUUCAGUCACUACAGUGCUGUCGGUCUGAGGCUGGGAGUGAGUCUGGCACAGGCAAGAGAGAAGGGCCAGCUUGUGUUUCUCGAAGGACUAAAGGACUCUAUCGGAGUUAUAUUACAGGAGGAAAACAGUCAGGGGACACAACAUCUCACAAGUUAUCUCAGGUCCCCAGGUGCUGGAUUGAAAGGUCUGUUCAAAUUUGUGGAAAGUUCUGUGCGUCAGAAUGCAGAUUGUGAUGAUGGUGAAUCAUGGGGUCCUCCAGUGUUACUCAUAGAUGAUCUCAGUGUGCUCCUGAGUUUAGGUGUUACUGUUGGAGCAAUACUAGACUUUACUCUCUACUGCCAAGCCACUGUGUGCACUGAGUUACAGGGUAAUAUGGUAAUACUGGUGAGAUGUGAGGAGGAGGAUGUAGAUGAAGAAGGAGCAAACUUGCUCCAGAGGGGACUAGUUCAUCAGUGUAACUUGGCAUUACACGUGGAGGGGUUACCCACGGGUUACUGCAGGGACAUACAUGGACAGAUGCAGGUUUAUUGGCGACAGAGUGGAGAGACCAUGUACAACCCACAAAAAAUAUUUCAUUUUAAAGUCCAUGAUAAAGGAGCGUCAUUUUUUGCUCGAGGGACUUCUAGUGCUGUUCUCUAAGUUUUCAAAUAAAAGUUAUUCAUAAUGUCAUUAUGUAGUUUGUUUCAUGUAAAUAAAUAGAUAUAUAAUACAUCA